GGAUACCGGUCGCAAACUGGCAGAGAUAAGAAAGCGGACUGCAGAAUUUAAGGCAAGGCUCAUCGAGCAGAUGAUGGCCGGGGAUGAGGAGGACCCCAAGGGCGUAGGGUCACGAGAGGGGCAAAGGACCACUCAGGACGAGGCCAGAUAUGAAGGAAAGGAUAAUACUCACACGGGAACACCUAGCAAGAAGGGGAAGGACAAGGACGACCCUCCGGUAGAAGGGGCGGAAAACGCUAUGACACCGUCCGCCAUCGACAGCGGAACUAGCAGACUGCCCGCCACGCCGAAAGUAACAGGGGCGUGUGACGGACUCUGGAGCCUUAGGGAAAGAGUGCUAGGAUGGUUUGACCCAGAAGGAAUGCCCAAAACCAGGGAGAAGCGAAGGGAAAGCAAGGAAGGGAAAAAGACCAGUGCAGCCGGAGAAGCGGGUGCCUCCGAAGAUGGUCUCAAGAGGGUAGUCGCCACCCUCAACAGGACACUAAACAAGAACCAGGGAUAUCUCGCAGAUGCAAAGAAGAAACUCGCAUUCGAUGGGGCCAACAUUACAGAGUUUCUAAGAGACUAUGAGAACCUAGCAGCCUUACUGAAAUGGACGGAAGAGGAAAAAAUGGAGCACCUAGGACAGCACGUAUUGCUAAGCUUAGGAAGGGACAUUAUGGCCAUCGUCGCCUCCAGUGGAUCCUGGAAAGAAACCAGGAAUGAGAUGAUGAGGAAAUACCUGAAGGCAGAGACAAUGGCAACAGAGGCCGAAUUGGCCGCAGUCCAGAGGAAAAACUAUGCGACUUACAACGAUUUCCUAAGGGCGUUCACGUUAGUGGCUCUGCGAAUUUCCGGGGUAACGGACCGCAUAAUGAGUAAAUACUUCCUUAGGCGGUUCUCCGAGUUUGAUAAGGAUAAGAUUUUGUCAGCAUACCAGCAGACCAGUAAGUUCGAAUACACAAGAGAUGUGGACUUCAGCACCGUAACAGACCUUGCGGAAAAUACAGUGAUUACCGAGACGCUAGCCCUACUUAAGGAAGGGGAGGUCAUAGAUCUGACCGGGAAGACGGGGGAUAAGGUCAAGAAGGGGAUGGAGAGCCUGCACGAACGGGUGCACGGGGUUGACAGCAAGAUGGACAUAAUGGAAAAUGCGUUGUUUGUAAUGCAGGCGCAAGUGUCCAGACCUGCGCUCCCGCCCCAAGAGGCCGUGGUUCCAGCAACUGUAGCAAAUCGGGGAUUUGGAAGAAGGGACCCGGCCAACGAACAAUGCAAGUAUUGCACCAUGAUCGGGCAUUUCGUAUGGGCCUGUCCGAGACUCAAUUACGAUAUUGAGCGACAAAGGUGCAGUAGGUCCCUCAAAGGCGAGAUCCUCGGACCCCGGGGGGAGUGUGUCAAUUGGAACUCGCCAGGAGGGAUGCGGCGAACCGUCAUUCUCCUGAAUAACCUAGAAAUAGCUGCCGUAGAAGCACAGCCGAUAGCCGAGAUUGUCUGGGACCAGCCAAGGGGACGGGGACCACAGACCAAUUUUAUCAUAGAAGACAAUGACCAGGAUAGGGUAAACAUCACCACUCGCGGGGCCGGCGCAGAAAAGAAGCUUGUUCAAGAUACAGUAAUGGAAGAACUCGCGGGGACUAGUACGGGCCAGCAAGAGACCGAAGCCGGGGAUCAAGAGAAGGUCUAUGGGAAGCCGAGGGGGGAGGAACCGGUAGAUAAAGCCACGGCAGCAAAAAAGAAGUUCAGAUACCAGAUCCCGAUUCUGAUGCUGCCGGAACUAGAUGACACACUGAGCAAACUCCUGGGCACCAUGGUGUCGGUAUCCUUUCAGACCAUGCUGCAGGCAAGCCCGAGACUGCUCAAGGGCCUCAGACAGCUAUUGACGCGUAAACGUGUAGAAGUAGAGGAGGCUCUGGAACCACAGGAACAGGGAACCGAGGAGGCCGAGGUGCCACAAGGAGUCUCUAACCUCCAAAGCAUUCCAGGGGGCGUGGAAGAUUUAGAAAAAGCCUUUGCUGAUAUUCGUCUGAACCUACAGGACCGAAAAGGUGGUGAAGUCAUAAGAGCACCGCCUGACACUAAACUUAGCUUUCACGCACUGCCCGUAGGAAAGCUUAAAAUCCAGAUCGGAACUCACCACACCGAUGCAUUAGUGGAUGGCGGCGCGAAAAUUACCCUCAUACGACGGGAUUUCGCAACAAUUAUCGGGUACACAAGGAGGAUGCUCGCCGUCGCAGGGGAUAUGUUUCCGAAAAAGUGUGAACCUUACAUAGAUGAUAAUCCCGUGAAAGACGCAAGAUACAAGGAUGAGACGGAAGUACAACCGGGAGUGCGGAAAUUCGUCUGGGACCACUUGCAGGAUAUUAAGGACUUACUCCAGCGAUUCCUAGUCUACAACAUUACUGCAAGCGGACCCAAGAGCAUCCUGGCCAUCCCGGAAGUAACCAUACUGGGAUUUCCCUGUGGAGCUUAUGGGAGGAGACCCGAUCCAACAAAGACUGAUAAGAUCUCUCAGUGGCCGACACCCCUACGUACCACGAUGGAAGUACGAGCCUUCCUAGGGGUGGUUGGAUUCAGGAGGAUCUUCAUCAAAGGUUUCACAAAGAUAGCAGAACCCAUCCGCGCGAUGAUUAGGGAAGGUGGCACGAUGGAUUGGACCGAGGAUAGGGAAGAGGCAACCCAGACCCUGAAAGACAUCCUGUCAUCCGAUCAGGUCACGUUAGCAGCACCCUGUUUCAAUCACGAGGUAGGACGACCCUUCAUCUUAGAAACAGAGGGGGGACCAUUGGCAGUGGGAGGAGUAUUGAUACAGAGAAGCGAGGAGGGCAAAGAAAGACCAAUCAGAUUUGAAAGUAGGACCCUGAAUUCAGCAGAACGACGGUAUUUGCAGUUCAAGAAGGAGGUCUUAGCAAUCAUGCAUUAUCUUAAGACCUUCCAGGCAUACCUGUUCGGGAGGCAAUUUAUCCUAAGGAUCGAUGCCACCAACGUUGUCCGGACCCUAAAGAACUACAAGCCCAUAGACCCGACCGUUGGCAGAUGGAUAGGUUUCAUAUGGCAAUUCGACUAUAAGGUCGAGCGAAUUGCAGGGCUUCGAAAUAGGGCAGAUGGGCUGAGCAGGGUUUGCAUCACGCCAGAAGGAGUAGAGGACUCAGAACCAAUUGACGCCUUCCUGGAGUACGAAGGAGGGACCCUUGUCGUGGAUAAUGAGAUCGCAGAUCCGACAAUAACAACAAGACAGUUGCUGAUUCAGACCUUGGAAAAGGGCGCAUCUGCAGUAGUUGCAGAACUCAGGGGAGGACCAGUCACCACGGUCAGGGGUAAAGAGGAAAAAGACUCGUGGGGAGCAGAAGUAGGGGCCAGAGAGGAAUUGAUGGCAAUGGUUGUGGAAGGGGGACGGGACGCCGUAAUGACGUUGGCCGAAACCUGGGCGCAGAAGGAGUGUCAGUACCUAGUCAACCUCACUCGAGAGGAGUAGGGUGCGGAUCAGAACGAACAGGAAUUCUUCCUUAUACGAAUGUAUGAGGGCGUCUUCAAGGAAAUCGGUCUGUUGCUUGUAGGGAACAAACAACCCACGGAAGU